AUGAGGAUGCUACUGCCAGUUCAUCUCAUCACAAUCAUCAUCUCCUUAGUAUUUAUAGCACAGGAAGCAGGGGCAUCUCCGACCAAGCCUGGCUGCCCAGAGAAAUGUGGGAAUAUUACCAUUCCAUAUCCGUUUGGGAUGGGGAAAGGCUGUUACCUCAAUAGGGAUUUUGAGAUUACAUGCAACUUGUCCUCCAAUCCCCCUCGUCCUCUUCUUCUCCAAGAAGUUCAACUUUUGCAGAUAUCAGAAGACUCUCUGCGCAUCAACGAUAUUGCUCGCCGUAGUUGUUUUAACAAUCAAUCAGGGGUGACUGAUUCAUUAAAUGUAACAUAUAAACUACCUCAUCAUUUCAGUUACUCCCACACUCGGAAUAAGUUCAUAGCCAUUGGGUGUGACAUAUUUGCUUUUAUCAUGGAGUAUAAUAGUACAACAUAUACAACGGGGUGUUCAUCUCUUUGUCUCAAUGAUAAAAACAUCUCUGGUGGUUUUCCUUCUUCUGCUUGCUCUGGCAUUAGUUGCUGCAGGAAUUAUCUCCAAACGGACAUUACAUCGUUUAAUCUGCGGAUUCGCAGCAUCAACAUGAUCACACCAGGCUGGACCUAUGAGCCAUGUAGCCUUGCUUUCAUUGCAGAGAGGAACUUCUCCAUAAGGAAAACUUUUUACCUCUAG